AUGGAGGAAGCUCACUGUUCCACUUACACUAUGCAUCCGGGUAGUACGAAGAUGUAUCGGACGCUACGGGCAUAUUACUCAUGGCCGCAUAUGAAGGGAGACAUUGCCAAAUAUGUGAGUAGAUGUUUGAUUUGUCAACAAGUGAAGGCGGAGCGACAGAAGCCAUCGGGACUCAUGCAACCACUUCCGAUUCCUGAAUGGAAGUGGGAGCGUAUUGCCAUGGAUUUUGUUUUCAAGCUUCCACGUACUUCAAAGGGUCAUGAUGGAAUUUGGGUGAUAGUGGAUAGACUCACCAAGUCUGCCCAUUUUCUACCCAUUAAGGAGACCUAUCCUUUGACAAGAUUGGCAAAACUUUUUGUGGAUGAGAUUGUGAGAUUGCAUGGAGCACCUGUGUCCAUUGUAUCGGACAGGGAUCCUAGGUUCACUUCUCGAUUCUGGAGGUGUUUACAAGAAGCUAUGGGUACUAGAUUGCAGUUCAGUACCGCUUUUCACCCACAAACCGAUGGACAAUCGGAAAGGACUAUCCAGACUCUGGAGGACAUGUUGAGGUCCUGUGUGUUACAGUUUAAGGAUGCAUGGGAUGUUCACCUUGCCUUGGUGGAGUUUGCUUAUAAUAACAGUUAUCAUUCAAGUAUUGGGAUGGCUCCUUAUGAGGCGUUGUAUGGGAGGCAGUGCAGGACUCCCAUUUGUUGGAAUGAAGUGGGUGACAAGAAACUGGAAAAAGUGGAUAGUAUCCGAGCAACAAAUGAGAAGGUGAAGAUGAUAAAGGAGAAGUUGAAAACUGCACAAGACCGACAGAAGAGUUAUGCAGAUAACAGGUCUAAGGAUCUUGAGUUUGCAGUUGGGGAUUGGGUGUUCCUGAAAUUAUCUCCUUGGAAGGGUGUGAUGAGAUUUGGGAAACGUGGGAAGUUAAGCCCUCGUUACAUUGGACCUUAUGAGAUUACGGAGCGAAUUGGACCUGUUGCAUAUAGACUUGCAUUACCCCCAGAACUAUCUCGAGUACAUGAUGUGUUUCAUGUAUCCAUGCUCCGGAAAUACAUGCCAGACCCUUCUCAUGUAUUAGAAUAUCAACCUGUGGAGUUAGAAGAAGAUUUAUCGUAUGAAGAGCAACCAGUACAGAUCUUGGAUAGGAAAGAACAAAGGUUGCGUUCUAGAUCCAUCCCGGUAGUGAAAGUUUUGUGGAGAAGUCAAACUGUUGAAGAAGCUACUUGGGAACCUGAAGAGCAAAUGCGGGCCAAGUACCCUUAUCUCUUCCAUUGA